AUGCCGAAGCCGCGAGUGAUAUACUGGUUCCGCACCGACUUGCGCCUCCAUGACUCCCCAGCGCUGAAGGCCGCGCUAGACCUUGACCCAGAAUGUCUAUAUCCGAUAUGGACUUGGGAUCCGCACUAUGUCUACCGCGCAAGAGUGGGGCCGAACAGAUUCCAGUUCCUACUCGACUGCCAAAACGACCUCUCCGCAUCCCUGACCAGGCUCAACCCGAAAUCGAAGCUGUUCGUCAUCCGCGAGGCGCCCCAGACACUGUUCCCGAAGCUGUUCAAGGCAUGGAGGAUUUCGCACCUUGUGUUCGAGAAGGACACGGACGCGUACGCCCGGGAAAGAGAUGAGAAGAUCAUGGAGCUAGCCAAAGAGGCGGGCGUCAAGGUCAUCGUAAGGACGGGCCGUACGUUGUAUGAUCCUGAUGAGCUUGUCAGGGCGAAUGGUGGGAAGCCGACGAUGUCGAUUACGCAGGUUCAGCAGGCUGGCAAGAAACUUGGAGCCAUCCCGAGACCCAUACCAGCACCAACAUCUAUACCAGACCCCGGUGAUACCUCCCUCGACUUCGAGCAAGCCAGGCCUUCGCAGGAGCCUGACUAUAACGCCAUCCAGCGAGACAGCGCCGAUCGGUCCUACAGUGCACUCGCUGGGCCCAACGGCGACUUCGCAGUCCCCUCCCUCUCGGAGCUCGGCCUGAAGCCAGCCACAACCCCCCACCGCGGCGGCGAGACCCUCGCGCUCCAGGCUCUCGACAUCAUCAUCGCAGACACCGACUACACCGCGACCUUUUCGAAGCCCCUAACAGCGCCCACAGCCUUCUCCCCGCAAUCAACAACCCUCCUCUCCCCACACCACCACUUCGGCAGCCUGUCCUGCCGCCUGCUCUACUGGCGCGCCCAAGAUACCGUCAACUCCUACAAAAAAGGUGCAGCAUCGACUCCACCGACCAGCCUCACAGGCCAGCUCCUCUUCCGCGACAUGUACUUCGGCGCCCAAGCCGCGCUGGGUUACUCCUUCGGGCAGACAGUCACCAAUCCCCACUGCCGCUUCAUCCCCUGGCACCUCCCCUCGCGCAUUGAUCCUUCCACCAACCUUAUCACGGGCACCUACGACAUCGACUCGCCGCAAGCAGAAGAACAUCUCCGCCGCUGGCGAGAAGGCAUCACCGGCUUCCCAUGGAUAGAUGGACUAAUGCGGCAGCUCAAAACCGAGGGCUGGAUACACCACCUUGGGCGCCACGCCGUCGCCUCCUUCCUCACCCGCGGCGGCUGCUACAUCGACUGGGAGCGCGGCGCCGAAGUCUUCGAGGAGUGGCUCAUCGACCACGAGGCCGCGUGCAACAUCGGGAACUGGCAGUGGCUGGCCUGCGUGGCGUUCUACAGCCAGUUCCACCGCAUCUACUCCCCGAUCGCGUUUCCGAAGAAGUGGGAUAAGGCGGGGAUGUUUGUGAGACGGUAUGUACCCGAGCUGGAGAGGUUUGACGAGAAGUAUAUCUAUGAGCCGUGGAAGGCGCCGGUGGUGGAUCAGAAACGCUGGGGGUGUUUGGUUAGGGGGAGGGAAGGGGGCGUGGAGGGGGAGUUUAGGGUUUAUCCGAAGCCGAUGUUUGAGUUCAAGGAGAGGAGGGAUGUUUGUCUCAAGGCGAUGAAGAAGGCGUAUAAGGUUGGGCUGUAUGGGAAUGAUCCGAGGGUGUUGGAUGGGAGCUGGAGAGCUUUGUUCGACGAUGAGGCGGAGGGGCCUACAGAGGGUAGGGAGGGUCCGAUAGGUGCUAUGGUCGGAGAUGGCGAGGCGGAACAUGAGGAAGAUGUUGGUGAUGACGAGGCACCUCCCGCCUACGCGAAGUCACACAUGUCGCCGGAGUCGCCGAAAAGCACCAGAAGCAGAGCUGGGCAGAAGAGGGGUGCGGAUCAGACCACGCUUGAUGGUAUAUUCAAGCGGUUGAAGAGCUGA